AUGACCGUUCACAGAGAGACUUUGAAGAAGAAGCAGAAGGGCUUCAAGUCGCGACAUGCGACUAAAGGCUCAAUCAGAACGGCCAAUAAAGGCAGGAUCGACAAAGGGGGUGCCACUGGCCCCAAACACAACGUUCGCACAAAACAAGAUCGAAAGAAUAUUGCAAAGCAGAUUCAGGCAAACAAGCGCGAAACAAUCGCCGAAAAGCUCAAAAUUUUCGAGACAAAAAACGGCGUUCCCCGUAAUGUUGCCUUUGUGCCAUUAACCCCUGAUAUCGAUCGAUCCAAGGUACUUUCUCAGUUCACCAGCAGUCUCGAGGCUCAGGCCGAUCCCGAAAUUCCUAAUGUUAUUUAUGUACCCAGAUUCCGCCAACGUUUGCGGUUGUUCUUGCCCGACUACCCUGACUUUUUUGGUGUUUUGGAUGCCUGCAAGGGCGCUGAUUUCGUCGUUUUUGUGCUGUCUGCUGAGACCGAAAACAACGAUUACGGUGAAAGCUUGAUCCGUUGCGUUCUCUCUCAAGGUGUGACAACUUGCUUAGCUAUGAUUUAUGCCUUGGAAAACAUUGAAGGCGUUAAACAGCAAGCACAGGUCCGCUCAUCUCUGUCUCAGUGGUAUGCUCAUUUCUUCCCUGAAGCAGAAAAACUUCAGCGCCUUGACACUAACGAAGCUUUGACUACUGCUCGUAUUAUUUGCCAGAAAACACCUAAAGGUGUCAAUUGGCGUAAUGAGCGACCCUACGUCGUUAUUGAAAAGCUCGAACAGAACCCGACUAAUGGUGCUUUGGCGAUUCAGGGCUACGUCAGAGGCCGGACCUUGAAUCCAGACACGCUCAUGCAUAUUCAAGGUUUCGGCGAUCUCAAAAUCGAAAAUAUUACUGAAGUCUUGUCCGGUCGGCAGAUGGAUGUCGAUCCUCGAACUUGGACACCGUCCGAAAACUCAGAGUCGUGUGCCCCUUUGGGAGACACCGCUAUCGAACUUAACGAUUACGAGGAAGAUGAUGAAACUACAGCCAACGCUGGUGUUAGAAUGGACGGCCAUUACUACGUGAAUGAAAUGAUUGAGGCCGAGGGUGGUGAAGGCCCCCAGUCUUUGUCUAGAGUCCCUGAGGGUGUGUCUGAUUAUCAGGCUGCCUGGUUCUUGGAAGGCGAAGAUUACCAUUUCGACGAGGACGAGAUGCCUGGUGACGAAAAUAUGCUUGAAGAUGAGGAGGGCGAGCUUGUAGGUGAGACGCAGAAUGGUGCUGAUGAGCGCAUGAUGGAAGAUGAAGAGCUUGAUGAAGAUGAGGAGUCUCGUCAGCUCAAACAGUUCCGCGAGCGUGCUACCGAUGAUCUCGAAUUCCCGGAUGAAAUUGAGCUCAAACCAGAGGAGAAUGCCCGCGAACGCCUGAAGCGUUAUCGUGGUGUGCGCAGCCUUCGCCAGUGCCAGUGGGAUGCCAACGAGAAUGACCCAAGAGCUCCAGAGGAAUUCACACGUCUGUGUCGCCCGGGAAACCUCCAAAACACUAUGAACCACUUGGCCAAGGAAGAAUUCAAAGGCCCAGAAGUGGGAACGUCUGUUAUAAUCACGUUCUUGCCCUUUACUGAGCCGGCAGAUACCAAACUCGUGGCUAACUAUCAAGAAAAGCUAGCUAAUGAGGGAAUGAUGCUAGCCGCAUACGGCUUGUUGAGAUCGGAGAAUAAGGUGGGCAUGAUGAACAUGUCCCUGACCACCGAUAGCGAGUUCUCAACUCCUCUCAAGUCUAAAGAGCAAAUCAUUUGCCAGUACGGCCCCCGUCGUCUUUUGGUGGAGCCCCUGUACUCGCAACCUGGCCGCGGAAGCGACAAUAAUGUGUACAAGUUCUACCGUUAUCUUCAACCAGGAAGCCAGGCCACAGUUAGCAUGAUGGCACCGGUUAUGCUUGGAAGUUCACCAGUUAUCUACUUUGCUAACGAGACUGAACCUAAGUUGAUUGGAACUGGAACAACUAUGGAUGCUGAUGCAUCUCGUAUUAUUGUCAAGACCGCCAUCCUUACAGGCCACCCGCUCAAAAUUCACAAAAAGCUCGUCACAGUGCGCUACAUGUUUUUCAAUCCGGAGGACGUGGCAUGGUUCAAGGCUGUUCCCCUUUUCACCAAGUGGGGUUGUACAGGCUAUAUCAAGGAAAGCUUGGGUACCCACGGUUACUUCAAAGCUACUUUCGAUAAACGCAUCAAGGCGCAAGACACGAUUUCAAUGGCACUCCACAAGCGUGUUUGGCCUCGUUUGGCCCUACCGUGGUCUCCCCCGAAUAAAUAA